AUGAGCGCACUACCGCAGACCGACUACCAGCGCCUCCAGGACUCGCUCGACAAAAUCAGGAGCUACGGCUGGACGGACACUCGUCUUACGGCCUUCGCCAACUUUGUGGCGCAGGCGGUACCAAGCGAAUGGCACAUGCGGAUUCUCAUGCCAGCCGCGCGGGACCGCCUCUUCUCGACUGUGGCAACAAUCUACUCAUCGGCAGCGGGAGUAUCCAGCUCUCGCUUGUUCAAGCCAUCCUCUUACGUCGAAGGACACUCUGCCAACCUUGAGAAGCUGCGCGAGCUGCAGACCCGGUUCAAUCAGCUCAAGCAGCAACUCGAAGGCACGCAUUCGCUCGGCGUCCCCUCUGCCUACUGUCGCUUCGGGCACCGUCAAGAACGCGUCUACGGUCUCUCGCAGGACGAGCUGCAACGGGCAUGGAUGUAG